AUGUUAUUUACCGUACUCGGAGUUAUUGCUCUCUUCCUGAGAGAAAGAAACAUCAAUACCACCGUCUCAGGUCAAGAUGAAAGAUUGGACCGUCAAGAAGGAUUGGUCACGGUACCCACUGUGACCAACAGUGAUGGUCGAGAAAUUGGUGACUGGUGUGAAGAAUCAUCUUUGCAUCUGGAGGAACAGAUCAAUGUUCAGACUGAGGAACCAUCACUGGAGGAACCUGUUGAUGGUCAGAGUGAAGAACAAUCACUGGUAGAGCCUGACAGUGUUCACGGUGAAGAACAACCACUGGUAGAGCCUGACAGUGUUCACGGUGAAGAACAAUCACUGGUAGAGCCUGACAGUGUUCACGGUGAAGAACAACCAUUGGUAGAGCCUGACAGUGUUCACGGUGAAGAACAAUCACUGGUAGAGCCUGACAGUGUUCACGGUGAAGAACAGUCACUGGUAGAGCCUGACAAGCCUGUCGAUGGUCACAGUGAGGACUUAGCCAGCUCCUCCAGCAGUGAUGAUGUUCCUCCAAACAUUUUCUACGCUGAGUCCAGCAGUAGUGAUGACUUCCCUCAAGAGUUUUACUCAGCCAGAUUCAACUGUAGUAGUGAGCUUACAGCUAGCUCCUACAGCAGCUUCUUCUCUGCUGAGUCCGGCUGUGGUGAUGACCCCUCAACAGAUUUUCUGUCUGCUGAGUCCGGCUGUGGUGAUGACCCCUCUACAGAUUUUCUGUCUGCUGAGUCCGGCUGUGGUGAUGACCCCCCUCCAAAUGUGGUCCCUGCUGAGUCCAGCUGUAGUCAUGAUGGUCCUCCAAAUGUGGUCUCUGCUGAGCCUGGCUGUAGUCAUUACCCCCCUCCAAAUGUAGUCUCUGCUGAGCCUGGCUGUAGUCAUUACCCCCCUCCAAAUGUAGUCUCUGCUGAGCCUGGCUGUAGUCAUUACCCCCCUCCAAAUGUAGUCUCUGCUGAGCCCGGCUGUAGUCAUUACCCCCCUCCAAAUGUGUUCUUUGCUAAGCCCGGCUGUAAAGAUGGCGUCGGUCAAGGUGCAACCUGUCAAACACAGGGCGCUGUUCCACUUCAGCCAGAAGAUCUGAAGGAUGAAGACACACACAUCAUUGAGAUCAACUCAAAGUCUUAUGAAAUUGGUGCUAAGCUGGGCAAAGGAAGUUUUGGAACCGUUUUCGCAGGGACCCGUCUACAAGAUGGCCUUCAGGUGGCAGUAAAAAUAGCAGAUUUCAAGAUUAAGCGAUUCAUCCAUGUUGAUGAUUUUGACCAGCCACUUCCAGCGGAGAUCGCUCUGCACUUUCUUGCCACUAAAGGCCCCAAGGUUAAACAAAUUGUUAAGCUUCUGGACUGGAAGGUGGAGGCUGAUCGUUACUUUCUGGUCCUAGAGCGGCCCAUACCCUGUGUAAACUUAGGUGAAUUUCUAAGAAAACACAGAGGCAGAAUCCCAGAGAAGGUAUUAUGGAAAAUCAUGUUCCACACAACAAUUGCAGCCCACAUCUGCUGCAAACGCGGAGUGCUUCACCGCGAUAUCAAGCCUGAGAAUUUGCUGAUUAACCUGCGGACCUAUGAAGUCAAACUGACUGACUUUGGGUGUGGUGAACGCCUUACUUUGGGCUUUUACACAGAGUUUUCGGGCACACCACAAUACUGCCCUCCCGAAUUUAAUAACACUGGCUUAUACUACGGGGAGCCAGCAACAGUGUGGUCACUCGGGAUUCUUCAGUAUUUGCUAAUGUUCAAAAAAUUUCCAGACAACCAUGACCUCCGCAACAUGACUUUCAGAUAUUUACAGAAAAAUGGAUGGUCAAACGAAUGCAGCGAUUUCAUCCGCUGUUGUCUGCAGACUGACUACAGAUUUCGGUAUGGGUUGCAAGCACUUCGUGUCCAUGGCUGGUUUAAGGUAAUGAAUAGAGUUUGA